AUGGGCAAUUUACUAUCUACUACAGCGAAAACCGCCUUUGACGGUCUAGGAUACGAGGCUCCCCCAGGAUGUCCCAAACCCACGGCCCAGUCUCUUGAGAAAGCCCACCAACUGCUGCGAGCCAACCAUAGCAACUACCAGGUCAAGUUCAACGACCGCAAGUUCCACAACCACCUGGCACACAUUCUUGGAGCGGCGUACUACCUGGGAGCGUCUCCACAGCAACUGACGGCCAUUUACGAGGAGGACAUCAAGGACUUGGUGGAGUGGAAGGAAGACAGUCCGGAGGAGCUGGACAUGACCACCUAUGUGAAACAUCUGGGAGACGUGCGCUACGAGCGAGGAUUCUUUGAUCUGUUCCAGGAAGAAGUGACUGACGUGGCCUCUUACGACUGGAAGGCCGUGGCAAAUGAGGUUUACAGCCACACAGAAGGCGUGCCCAACUCGGGAGCCCUGUUUCCGGGGUUGGCGUUUGGACUGCUGCAUCCUCUGAUCCACCUGUCGUAUGCGUUUGAGCUCGAUGCUGCUCCUGUGGCCGUUGAAGCCAUGACCCUAGCCUGUAUGGAUUUCAGAAAGAGUGCCAGGAAGCUCAUGGAGAAAAGAGAUCCACCCGCUGUGCAGUACUCCAAUCCUAUGGAGGUUCUGAAGCUGCUGCAGCAGGAUAAGUCGCUGGAUGGUGUCGAAUUCGAUCUUGUCAUGGACCCUGUCAACAAGCAGCUCGAUACUGUCAUCAAGUAUGCCGAUAUGCUGGCUCUUCCAGAUGAUCCUCUUAAGCUAGCCGCUACUCUUGUACACGAUUCCGUGGCGUACUUUGGCGCUUCUCAUAAGGACGACAAGCCCCGAUAUUCCUUCUUCUUUCUACAUGGACUCACAGGAUCGCAAGCACUGUGUGAGAUCGUCGCUUCCAAGCACUUCCCAGAGGUGUUCAAGGACCCCAACGCUGCCCAGACUCUCGGUUAUUUCGUCUGGGUCAACUUCAUUGUUCUCUACAUGUACCAUCUGAGACCCACCAUUGACCCCAAGCGAAUUAUUGACGCUGACACCCCUGUCCUUGCAGACGCAUACCCCAAGGCUGUGGAACUCGCUCUGGGCUCUGAAGAUCGGUUCGACGAGCACUACGUCAAGGCUAUCCGAGCUCUCAUGUUUGCAGAUAAGUUUGUUCAUGAACAUCGACCUGAUUUAGCCGACUCUGUGCCCAAGGAUUACUAUGCCAAGGCUGCUUGGUUGUUUGCUAAGAACAAGCCGGGUAAGAAGUUUGUGUAUAACAAUGGUGACAGUGAUCUCGAGCUGGAUUGGACCUGGGCAGAAAUCAACACGCAGAGAGAGAAGGAUGCGAUUAAGCAGGAUGAUUUAUUUGAGGGUUAG